UGAGAUAUUGCUUUCAUUGUGGAUGUAUCGCAAUUUUUUUUGUCGAAUCAAAUAUUGAAACGCAAUCACGUAAACGUAACAUAUAAAAUCGUGCAUGGGCGAAAGAGUCGACGUAGUCAAUAUAGUCGGAAGUAAAUAGUGACAUAGUUACCUUUCAUGAUUGAUGCAUGAUUAUAAAUUGCAACUGCAAAGCCCUAAAUCAACCAGACGUUAGUCAACAGUUGAUAAGGUUGAUUCGAACUUUAUUGCCAAGUCAGAUCAGUCGGUUGAGAUUUUCCUUUUUUUCCUAUUUGAUAAUAUAUUGUGACUAAAGUGGUGUUCCAUUGCUCUCACUUCGAUUUGUUUCUGAGUGCUAUAUAUUGCCGUAUAUUGCGGUAUUUUUUUCCACAUUAAUCGGCGAAACAUGCAAACUUUAGGGUGUUAGAAUUUAUGGGGCAAGAAAAGAUUUAUCGGUGGUAAAUUCAAACAUUUCCCAUUUUUAUUUAUAUCUCGGUUCAAUCAAGGAUAAAUAUUAUACGGCGCUAAUUAGUCGGUUUUUACAAUCAUGGCACAUGCGAAUGUUUAUGGUGUAAAUGUUAAUUGAAGACCGUUCGGUGAUUGUGAAGUAAAUCAAUUUCGUAGACCAGUCGAGUGUGGGAUCUGAUGAGAGUGAUGUAUUCGAAUGAAAUUUAGUGUAAACGUGUUGGUUUAAAUGUAAACGAAACGAAGAGGAAGAAAGAAGAAGAAAAAUUUGAAAAGAAAAUUUGAUCCAUAAAAUCAGAUAUAAAAGUUGUACGGACUCGGGUUUUGAAUAAUUUGAAAAGAGGUUUAUGGAAAUCAGACUAUAAGAACGAUAGAAAAGCGAGCGAAAAAAAAAGAGCAAAAAAGUCGGGAAAAAUCAUAUAAAAGAAGCAAACAGAAAGUCUGCCGUAAUCCUACGCCAGAUUAUCUUUGUGCUAAUAAAUUGAAAAAGUAAAAUUAAUUUUUAAAACAAAAGUGCGUGCUAGUUCGCUAUUAAAACGGACAAGAAGAAAAAAAAGUUUUUUUUUGUCAGUUUUUCUAUCCGAACAAAACGAAACAGCGAAGUCAUCAGUUAUAUAUACACAGAGAGCGAGAGAGCCGAGCGAAAGGGAUUUAAACUUUGUCAUUAGAAUCGAGAGAAAAAAACACUCACAACAUUCAACUGUGUGUUGCAUUGUUGCAAAAGAAACGGAGUGGUUAUAUUACAUCGAUGAUGAUGUUGCAACUAUUCCAUCACAUUCAUUUUAUUAUCCCAACGAUGCUCUACUUUUCCAAUGAUGUUGUUAAAACGGAUAAUGUGCAGGGAACAUCAUCGGAACAAACUAAUCAACAACAUAAUUUCUACAAUCUACCGUAUGUGGCGUCGAACUACACAGCCAAUGUAACGUAUCAGAUUGGUACUCAUGCGUUUUUACAUUGUAAGGUUAGUGCCACGAUUCAACAGCUCGGCAACAGAUCAGUUUCAUGGGUCCGUGUGGAUAAUCAAAAUAUUAUAUCUGUCGAUCGGGAAUCAUACAUUGCAAGCGAACGGUACAUACCAUAUCUAAAAGAAACGUCCAACCAAUGGUCACUUCAAAUAAAAUUCGUCGAACCGCAAGAUGCUGGCCUGUAUGAGUGUCAAGUCGCAGUGGAACCGAAAGUUAGCUCAAGAAUUCAGUUAUAUGUCACUGUUCCAGUGACCGAAAUUACGGGUGACUCGGAUCGUUAUGUAAAGGCCGGCAGCAAUGUAACACUAACUUGCAUUGUCAGUGCAUAUGUUGAACCACCACGCUUUAUCAUUUGGUAUCAGGAUGCAACCAAAAUUCUGGCAGAAAAUUAUCGUGGCACCAUUCGUGAGGAGAAGAAAUUUAACGACACGUCCCCGAUUUCGAUUUCCAAAUUGACCAUCCCAUCGACGAAGAAAAUGGAUUCCGGAAAUUAUACCUGCAGCCCGACAAAUGCGGACUCUGCCACUAUUUCAUUGCACGUGAUAAACAGCGCUGAAUCCGCAUCAGCUGUAACAUCAUCCGGCUGCACCCAUGGAUUUUACGUAAAAGUAUACGGUCUCUUUUUGGUUAUCCUCCUUUCAUGUCAACAUACAUGACGUGCUCAUAGUUUAAAUUAAAUUUGGUCUGAAUGGAAGUCGCAUAAUAUGUAACAAGUGAAAAUCAUAUUUCGUUUUUGUGAAUUGGAAUGGAAAUAUUGUAGAGAGG